UCCGUGGCCGCGGAAAGGCGCCUGCCCGCGACCCGGCGCCGCCUCAGGGGCCGCGCCUCCCUCGCCUCGCUCCGGCGGCCGCCCCGCCUCGUCCACAGCGACCGCGCCUGGCGCAGGCGCAGACCCCGGACCAGAAGCUGGUGCUCCUGGGCUGCCGCGGUGACCCCGCCCCCGGGCCCAGGAUGUGAGGCCGGUCCGGUGUCCCCGCGGCGGGCCGGGGCGGCGAGGGGCCCGCGGGCGCCAUGGAGGGCGUGCUGUACAAGUGGACCAACUACCUGAGCGGUUGGCAGCCUCGAUGGUUCCUUCUUUGUGGGGGAAUACUGUCCUAUUAUGAUUCUCCUGAAGAUGCAUGGAAGGGUUGUAAAGGGAGUAUCCAGAUGGCAGUUUGUGAGAUUCAAGUUCAUUCUGUGGAUAACACUCGCAUGGACCUGAUCAUCCCUGGGGAACAGUAUUUCUACCUAAAAGCCAGAAGUGUGGCAGAGAGACAGCGGUGGCUGGUGGCCCUAGGAUCUGCUAAGGCCUGUCUGACAGAUAGUAGGACCCAGAAGGAAAAAGAAUUUGCAGAAAACACUGAAAACUUGAAAAGCAAAAUGUCGGAACUAAGGCUAUACUGUGACCUCCUUGUUCAGCAAGUAGAUAAAACAAAAGAAGUGGCCACAUCUGGUGUUGCUGACUCCGAGGAGGGAAUCGAUGUGGGAAUGCUCCUGAAAUCAACCUGCAACACGUUCCUGAAGACCCUGGAGGAAUGCAUGCAGAUUGCAAAUGCAGCCUUCACCUCGGAGCUGCUCUACCAUACGCCCCCAGGAUCCCCUCAGCUAGCAGUGCUGAAGUCCAGCAAGAUGAAACAUCCUGUCAUACCAAUUCAUAAUUCAUUGGAAAGGCAGGUAGAAUUGAACAACUGUGAAAAUGGACCUUUAAAUAUGGAAGUAAAUGGUGAUGAAGAAAUUCUAAUGAAAACCAAGAGUUCCUUGUGUUUGAAGUCCACAGAGGUAGAUUGCAGCAUGUCAAGUGAAGAAAACACAGAUGAUAAUGUGACAGUCCAAGGUGAGAUACUGAAGGAAGAUGGAGAGAAAAACCUGGGGAAUCAUGACAGUGAGCUGGCACAGCCUGGAUCAGACUCAGUUUGCUCGCCAGAAUCUGCCUGGGAAGACAGCGAAGAAGUUAUCCCAACUUUCUUUAGUGCCAUGAGUGCCAGCUUUAGUGACAUUGAACUUCUGGAAGACAGUGGCAUUCCCACAGAAGCAUUCUUGGCAUCUUGUUAUGCAGUGGUUCCAGUACUAGACAAACUUGGUCCUACAGUGUUUGCUCCUGUGAAAAUGGAUCUUGUUGGAAAUAUCAAGAAGGUAAAUCAGAAGUACAUAACCAACAAGGAAGAGUUUACUACCCUCCAGAAGAUAGUGCUGCAUGAGGUGGAGGCUGAUGUAGCUCAGGUCAGGAACUCUGCGACAGAAGCCCUCUUGUGGCUGAAGAGAGGUCUCAAAUUUUUAAAGGGCUUUUUGACAGAAGUGAAAAAUGGGGAAAAAGAUAUCCAGACAGCACUGAAUAACGCUUACGGCAAAACAUUACGGCAACACCAUGGCUGGGUAGUUCGAGGGGUUUUUGCGUUAGCGCUGAGGGCAGCACCAUCCUAUGAAGAUUUUGUGGCCGCGCUAACCAUAAAAGAAGGUGACCACCAGAAAGAAGCUUUCAGUACUGGGAUGCAGAGGGACCUGAGCCUUUACCUCCCUGCUAUGGAAAAGCAGCUGGCCAUACUGGACACUUUAUAUGAGAUACACGGGCUGGAGUCUGAUGAGGUGGUGUGACAGCUACAGGACAGCACCUCCUAACUUCAGGGAAUCAAGUUUACUAAAGUGUUGUGUUGCCCUAGUUAACUUUUCAGCAACAGCUUUGAUGCUCUCCAACUCCUUUCCUGGGGAGACAGACAGGAGGAAGCAAAACCUAGUGCUUUUAUAGAAUUGUUUUAAUGCAUAUGUGUUUGGUGUUUUAAAAAUCAAGGUGCUAAAUAUUUCCGUUCAACAGGCCUACUGGAGACCAAAUCAUAGCUGUCACAGACUUGAAUAGCAAAUAAUAAGAGCAAAACUGACAAAUGAAUUUGUUGGGAUCCCAUUUUAUAUUGUUCUGGUUCAAUUAUUAGUUUUAAUGGAUCACCCAAAUCCAAGCAGUAUGCAGGACUAUAAUACAAAGCCAGUGUUUAAAAUAGCUUAGAAACUGACUGAGCACUGAGGGAGUGUAAGCUCCUUUGUCAAAGGACUUGCUGUGUGACGGUCUGUUAUUUCUAGACUGGCCUGAGUGGGUCCCUUCUCUGUGAUUGCUGAUGAGAAGGGCAUGUAGUGAAGGCAUUUUGACAGUUGUGGGAAAACACUGCCAAGGACUGCCAGGCCUGUUGUCAGGUGGGACAGUGGCUUGAGGAGAUGACCUCACCCUAUGCUUGAGAACAGAGUAGAAAGGUAGGGUAAGUUGUUUGGGUAACAAGUACCACUCUUUGCCAGUCCAUUUCCUGUGUGUUAUCUGAAUUGGACAUCAUAACAAACCAGUGACACUAUAGAGGAUUGCUACCCCACUUCAGUAGUAAAGCUUAUAAUAGGAAGGUCUACUCACAUUUAUGGAGUAUCUUGUUUCUCUUGAUUUUAUUUUAUUUUUAUUUAUUUUUUUGCCUAGCUUUAUGAAUUCUCUUCAGCAAAAGAGCCAGGUGGCUUUAAAAUGUGAUCUAGAUCACUCCUGUAUUGAAGUCAUAUGAUGUGCUGUUUGAAAGAACAGAGUCCUAGAACUUACCUGAAGAACCCACUCUGAACGUGAGACAGGAAUUUUCUGGUUGACAGCCUUCCCAGGCAAUACUCAAGUACACAAGGUUGAAGAGCCACACAGCUGAAUUCUAGGUGUCAGACUCCCCAUUCUUCUGCAAGAACUCCCCCGGGAGGAAGGGGCCCUUGUUCAAGGAAACAAUUAAGUAGAGAGUGAGUAGACCAGCAGCUUGUGUAGCAUUGCUUGCGGCAUCUCUAUAAAGAGUGACAAGGUGCCCUUGUCUCCCAGUAAUGGACCAAGAGGGUGUGCCUUCCCCAGGAGAGGCUACUUCCUCCUAGUAACAAGAAAAGUUAUUCAAGCAGUGCCCCAGGGAAAGGAGCCCUUGCCAGGCAAGGCGAAGGGGGUGAGAGUGCAGGCUGCUUUUGCUGCUGUAUCCACUGGGCUCUGCAGAGAACUCAUGCAGGGAAAGGUAAUGGCUUUGUCUUUUGUCUGUCUUCAAGCAAGUGAGCAUUUACUCAGAUGAACGAAGCAGUAGAGCUGGCCACAGUGGUGCACGAAAUACCAGCUUUUCAGGAGUAUGAGGCAGAAGCACCACUUGGGCCCAGGGUGUGGAGGAAAACCUGGGCAACUAGCAAGACCUUGCCUCUUAAAAUUUUUAGGAAAAGAAAAUUCAAGUGAAACAAGCAUUUUGCCUACAUGAGAAGUUCUAGAAAGUAAACAGGAACAGGAGGAAGGGGCUGAAAUUACUAGCAAUGUGCUCUUUGCUCCCACAAGAACUUCAUAUGGAGCCUCUUCCCUGGUUAGUGGAAAUCUGAGGGAGGGGCUAGGGCAUAAUUUAGACCUCCUGUCCUUGACAUAGCCUCUUAAAACCAGAAAAAGAAAAGGUAGCUAGUCUGCUUGUCUCUGAGAGUGGGUGUGACAUCAGUGGGCUGUGCUACCAGGAAAUUGAUGCUAAGCAUGGCUGCCCUAAGCAGCUGUGGGUGCCUCUGGUCUCUAGAGCCCAGGGGCAGGGCACUCUGAGAACACCUCAGUCUGCACUGAGGCUCUAAGUGCGCACAGGAGGAAAGCUGCCUUGCAGGGAAGUCUGAGUUUGUGGGUUCAUUCCACCUAGAUUGGUAGUUGUUGGUUGCUUCUCACUUAAAGCUUGGGUUUUGUUUGUUUUUGUUUUAUUUUGGGUUUUUUGUUUU